GCAGGGUCUUUAUAUUUUUGCAAUUCGCAGUGGAGGGGAGCCAAGAAAUGGUUUCCAGAUUAUGAAUUUACUAAGAUGUUAGAAGGUCAAUUGAUGUAUCCAGAUGAAAGGACACAUAUGUGGCCGAUGCCACCAUGGAAUCACAAGCUUGCUCCCAUCGAGAAGAAAGUUAACAAUAUUACUCUUAACUUUGGUCCUCAACAUCCAGCCGCUCAUGGUGUCCUGCGGCUUGUGCUUGAACUCGAUGGCGAGACUGUAUUGCGGUCUGAUCCUCAUAUCGGCCUUCUGCACCGAGGUACAGAGAAGCUGAUCGAGUACAAGACAUACACGCAGGCUCUACCGUACUUUGAUCGCCUAGACUAUGUGUCAAUGAUGUGUAAUGAGCAGUGCUACUCUCUGGCUGUGGAAAAACUUCUCAACAUUGAUAUUCCAAAGAGGGCAAAAUACAUUAGGACAUUGUUUGCGGAGAUAACUCGAAUUUUGAAUCACAUCAUGGCUAUCGGUACUCACGCGUUGGAUAUUGGCGCGUUGACACCGUUCUUCUGGUUGUUUGAGGAGCGUGAGAAGAUGAUGGAGUUUUAUGAGCGAGUGUCUGGAGCAAGAAUGCAUGCCGCGUAUAUUCGUCCAGGUGGCGUAAACCAGGAUCUGCCACUUGGACUGUUGGAUGACAUUUAUGAGUUUUCCAGCAAAUUUGGAGAGCGUUUGGAUGAAGUAGAGGAUCUGCUGACGACUAACCGAAUCUGGAUCCAGCGUACUGCUGAUAUUGGUGUUGUGUCUGCUGAGGAAGCCCUCAACUAUGGCUUCAGCGGAGUCAUGUUGCGCGGCUCUGGAAUUAAAUGGGAUCUGCGUAAGGCACAGCCGUAUGAUGCGUAUGAUGAAAUGGAGUUUGAUGUUCCUAUUGGUGUCAAAGGAGACUGUUAUGACAGGUACCUGUGCCGUGUAGAAGAGAUGCGACAGUCUUUAAAGAUCAUCGAGCAGUGCCUGAACAAAAUGCCACCAGGAGAGAUUAAAACCGACGACAUGAAAGUCUCACCUCCGUCACGCGCCGAGAUGAAGACGUCAAUGGAAGCUCUUAUCCACCACUUCAAGCUCUUCACCCAAGGGUACACGGUUCCAGCUGGAUCUACCUACACAGCCAUAGAGGCUCCGAAAGGUGAAUUUGGUGUGUACCUUGUGUCAGAUGGCAGUUCAAGGCCAUAUAGGUGCAAAAUAAAGGCACCUGGGUUCGCCCACCUCGCCGCCCUCGACAAACUUGGCAGGUUUCACAUGUUAGCAGACAUCGUCGCUAUCAUCGGAACUCUGGAUGUCGUGUUCGGCGAGAUAGAUCGUUAACUAAGAACUGUAGUCUGAGAAAUCGUUUUAUGCUUUAUUUUCUGGAUGUUAAUGCUUUGUUGUAGCUGUACGAAACCAUUGUAAAUAUUAAGAUAAAAACAAUACUUCAACAAUU